CUCGGUCUGGCGGGGGCUCGGGGCUACCGUUCGGUCACUCGCGGAGGCGGAGGGCGUGGGCGAGCCCUCCGGUCACUCGCCACCUACCCGCAGGCGUCGGGGGAAGCCGACCUAGGGCCGCGGCCCGCGAGUCCGAGGCAUCAUGGAUCAGGUAAUGCAGUUCGUUGAGCCAAGUCGACAGUUUGUGAAGGACUCAAUUCGGCUGGUUAAAAGAUGCACCAAACCUGAUAGAAAAGAAUUCCAGAAGAUUGCCAUGGCAACAGCAAUAGGAUUUGCAAUAAUGGGAUUCAUUGGCUUUUUUGUGAAGUUGAUCCACAUUCCUAUUAAUAACAUCAUUGUUGGUGGCUGAAUACCUUUUUAGAAAAGUGUUUUUCAUCUUGGGGAUCGGUGAACAAGUGAGGAUUUGAGAAGCUCAUGGAGUAAAAAUUUGCCUAUAUGUUUUGUGUUUUUCUUUCAUUUUUUUUUCUUCCAAGAUGUUUUCUAUUUGUAAAUUAAAAUAAUUUCAAAAU